UUACCUCUUCUGCAUUCUUGAGCUCACCAGAAACCUUUCAGACAUGGCCAUGGCAGCUGCUCUCCUUCUUCUCCUUCUCGCCGCCCCGGCAGUCUAUGCUGUGCAGCACACUGUUGGAGGCAGUACUGGCUGGAACACCGGUUACAACUAUGUUACUUGGGCUGCUGGACAGAGCUUCGCUGUCGGGGACACACUUUUGUUCACUUAUGGCCCAACCCACAGUUUGGACCUAGUAGGUCAAAGUGACUACACCAACUGUGCCACUGGCAAUGCCCUCAGUACUUAUUCUGGAGGAUCAAACAUCAUCACCCUGAACACAACCGGGACAGUAUACUUUCUCUGUCCUACACCUGGUCACUGUGGACAGGGAAUGAAGUUAGCAGUCACCGUUGGCAGUGGGCCCUCCACCAGUCCGCCUGGGACAACCAAUUCACCACCACCACCACCACCACCACCACCAUCAUCAGCCAGUCCUUCUAUAGGCAUUAACCGUUUGAUACUUGGAUUGACUCUGGGUUUGGGGCUUGUGCUUGCAUUCAUGGGCUAGGCAAGAGGCAGUGCUAUUCUUAUUUCUCACUUUGAGAUUGUGUGGUUUGUAUAAUAAAGAGAGUUAGUUUUAUGGAUAUGAUUUACUGGAUAAUACAUCAUAGUUCUUGUUUUCAUAAGAAUCCAGUGGUUGGAGAUGAUUGUUUGUCAUUUU